AACAAGGCUCUUUGUGUUUGGCGUUACUUCCGUAGCGUGUGCGCUAACGCUACAGUGAUUUACUACUAUUAAAAAAAUAAAACAAAACUGUAUAAAGUCUUUUUCCCCACUCGCUUCUUGACGUUUAGCUGAAAAUGUCCACACCGCUACUUCUUAAGGCGUUUGUAAACGAGCGACUCACUGCUGCUGUUGAAGAAAUAUUUCAGGUUUUGGAGAAAACUAUCGCAGAAUAUGAGGAAGCGGCGAACACUUCUCAGCAAGAGAUCGAACGACUGAGGGGACUGCUGCUCGACUUCACCUCAAACCGAAAAACAGAUCUUCCUCAGAGUUCUGUCUGUAAGGAGGAACUACUCUCUGAGCGGCCUCCUAGUGAAAAGGAACUAAGCUACGUUGGGGAUCAGACCGACCCAGAGCCCACAGGCAUCAAACAGGAAGUUCAGGAAGAGUGGGACAAGCAGCACGAAGUAGAGCAACUUCACGAGAUCAAAGAAGAAAAUCACCUCUACUUAUCUCAUGGCACUGCUUGGUGGGCGGGAAAUGAGCGGGAGCCCACAAAAGAGCCUUUGCAAGCUCAUAUUCAGAUAAUUGACAAUGAAGAGCAGUUUCAGGUGUUACAGGAAGAUAAAACGGUACACUUUCCUCUUCCCCAGACCCUGUCUUCAGAACCUCCAAUCCAAAAUGACAUAAGUAUUCCAGAUGGCAGCCACAAUAAAAGACCUGCAGCAAGUUUUACUACAUUGAACCGCAUGUCAACAGACCAGAGUCAGGGUUCCCUUAUGGCUGAAAGGGAUUUCUCAGACAUGCAUCGUUGCUAUUUGUGUGACAAAUUGUUUCCCUCCCAUCAGCACCUCAUCAGUCAUGCUUAUAGCACACAUUCAAAAGAUGCAGGCGUCCUCUGCGUUGUGUGCGGCAAGAGCCUGAAUUCUAUGGACAGUCUCGAAAUGCACCUGAAGUCACACAAAGGUUCCAAAAUUUGUCCUGUGUGUGGUAAACAUUAUAGCAGUGUUACUGCUCUGAGCGGCCACAUGACCAGCCACACGGGCAUAAAGCUGCAUCGCUGCCACAUCUGUGGGAAAGAGUGCAGCCGGAAAGGAGAUCUGAAGAUACACAUGAGGAUUCACACUGGCGAGAAACCAUACUCUUGCUCUUACUGCCGGAAAGGUUUCACCCACAGCGGCCAUCUGAGGAAACAUUUGAGAAGUCACACUGGAGAGAGACCAUACCGAUGUGACAUUUGUGGCAGAGGAUUUCUACAAAGCACACAUCUCAGAUAUCACCUAAGGACUCAUACACAGAAAUGUUAAGUCCUUUACUCUCUGGAGGAAUAUGUGUCACUGCUAUGAGUGGUAACACACCUGUAUGUCUGGAGGUUCUCAGUCAUCCAGGUCAUGGUAUUCAAGUAGGUUGAGACAGGUCAUGAGACAGGUCAACUGGAACUUCUUUACUUCCUUGAAGAUGUUUCGCUCUGUCUAUCCAAAAACAACUGAUUAAGCUUUCGGGAUGAAAAGACAAACACUUUCAAGGAUUUACACAAGUCCAGUUGACUUGACUGAACCUACUUGAACACAGCUGCAUAUAACAAAAACUUGGAGAGAGACUGUAAAGUGACUGUUGUCUUACAUUACUUUUAAAUUUGUUCUAUGUCUCAAGAAGGACA